AUGGCAGAUAUUCACAGCAGCAAGUUUAACUUCUUCCAGUCACUUCUCGAUGAGCGAGCGAUCGCCGUGUUUGGAAGGAGUUCUUCUGAGCGGUUUGCGGACGUUCAUGGCUUAGCCACCAGUAGGUUGGAGGAGAGGGUCUUAGUAGUGCCUGGUGGCAAAGAUUUCACCAGUACCUGUCUGGGUGUCGGCGAGUUGCGGGAAAAAAUGAUACUCCACACCUUUGGUUCGGCUGCAAUCGCAGUCAUGCACUUGUUGUGCCUUUCAAAUGCUGAGCAUCCCGAUGCUGUCAUGCCGUCGGAUUCUGACCAAGAGUUAAAGAUCAAGCCACUUUUCGAAGCAAAAGUUGUGAACGGCUGGAGUAUCUGGCCCCAGGGUGAACGUGCAUACAAGGUCUUCGUUCAAAAAGCAACAUGGGACGAGGCAGAGGAAAUAUGCCAGCAGAACGACGCGCACUUGGCCUCUAUCGGGUCGGAAGAAGAAAACGAUUUCAUCUACAACCUAGUCAAAGACAUGCCAGGGGACUGGUUUGACGCUAUGACAUGGAUCGGAGGAAAAUAUGACUGGUUGGUGGAUGACUGGUUUUGGGUGGACGGAGCACCGCUCAGCUAUACAAACUGGAGUCCGGAUGAGCCGAAUAACUACUUAGGCAACGAGUAUUGCAUGGAGAUCGCCAUCCAACUUCCUGUAAUUCGCACCGGUGCUGGUCUCCUGCUGGCUCACAAUGGAGUACUGAUCGCUCGGUGCUGGCGCAAGGGCAAUCAAUACUCCACUAUGUACAAAGGAGGCUUUAAGUUUCCGGGGUGGUGGAAUGAUCAUCCGUGCGACACGAAAAUGCAAUCGUUUGUAUGCAGAGCAUCGAGUUUAAAGUUCCUGAAUCAAUAA